CAUCGGAGUGUGUCGUCAUGGAUGGAGACAUUCUGCUUUGAAAUUACCUGAGCAGGAGAGGAGAGAUGGUGGGAUGAUAUCGAGGUGCAGAAGCAGAGACAAAGAUGUAUGCAAUCAGAAGCCUGCCCACCAUGGUUCAGCGGGAGCAAAGAGAGGAAAAUGGUGUCGAAGAUAUGACACAGCUAGAUGACAUGCAUGAAGGGGCUGUUCUGCUGAACAUAAGGAAAAGGUUUGAGAGAGAGCUUAUUUACACAUACAUAGGCAGCAUUCUGGUGUCUGUGAACCCCUAUAAGAUGCAAAACAUCUAUGGCACAGACAUGGUGCUCAUGUACAAGGGCUGUGCCUUGGGAGAGAACCCUCCGCAUUUGUUUGCCAUAGCAAACGCUGCUCAUUCCCAAAUGAUGGAUGCCAAAAAAAACCAGGUCAUAAUAAUCAGUGGGGAGAGUGGGUCUGGAAAAACUGAGUCCACCAAACUCAUCCUUCGCUACCUAGCAGCUGUACUUCACAAAACUAAUCUUGCGCAACAGAUACUUGAGGCAGCUCCUCUUCUGGAAUCUUUUGGAAAUGCCAAAACCGUGCGGAACGAUAAUUCCAGUCGCUUUGGGAAAUACAUUGAGGUCUUUAUGGAGAAUGGUAUGAUCAGUGGUGCCAUAACCUCUCAGUAUCUGCUGGAAAAAUCCCGCAUCGUCUUUCAGGCCAAAAAUGAGAGGAACUAUCACAUCUUCUACGAGAUGCUGGCAGGUCUUCCUUCGCAGCAGAAGCAGGCCUUCUAUCUACAAGAAGCUGAAACCUACUAUUACCUCAACCAGGGAGGGGAUUGUGGGAUAAAAGGGAAGAACGAUGCAGAAGACUUCCUACGUCUGCUUUCUGCCAUGGAAAUCCUUCACUUCACUGCGGAUGACCAGUCGUCCAUCUUUAGAGUCCUGUCUUCCAUACUGCACCUGGGCAAUGUUUACUUUCAGAGGCAUGAGGUUGAUGGCCAGGAGGUGGCGUCAGUGGUUAGCACUCAGGAGAUCAGAGUAGUUGCAGAGCUGCUGCAGAUCUCACCAGAAGGACUACAGAAAGCCGUCACCUACAAAGUCACAGAAACGAUGAGGGACAAGAUCUACACCCCUCUGAGUGUAGAAAGUGCUAUUGAUGCCAGAGAUGCUGUUGCCAAGAUCCUGUAUUCGCUGCUCUUCCGCUGGUUAACAGAAAGGAUCAAUGGUCAGGUGUACCCUCGCCAACACACCCUCUCCAUCUCCAUCCUCGACAUUUACGGAUUUGAGGAUCUGGUCCUCAACAGCUUCGAGCAGAUUUGCAUUAAUUAUGCAAACGAGUACCUGCAAUUCUUCUUUAACAGGAUCGUAUUCAGAGAGGAACAGGAGGAGUACAGCAGGGAGCAGAUCCCAUGGCAGGACAUCCCAUUCAACGACAACCAGCCCUGCAUCGACCUCAUUGCCGCUAAGCCUCAUGGGAUACUGAGGAUUCUGGAUGACCAGAGCGGUUUCCCGCAGGCAACAGACAACACUUUUCUUCAAAAGUGUCACUAUCACCAUGGCAGUAAUCCACUGUAUAUGAAGCCAAAGAUGCCGGUCCCAGAGUUCACAAUUAAGCAUUUUGCCGGGCGGGUCACUUACCAGGUUUACAAGUUCCUGGAUAAGAACUACGAUCAGGUGCGUCAGGAUGUCCUGGACCUGUUCAUUCAGAGCAAGAACAAGAUGGUAUCGAACCUCUUCCUGGUUCAUGCAGAGGCCACGGGUCAGCAGAGAGGUCACAUAAGGAAGAGCAGCACAGUCACCAGAAAAUACCAAGCUCCCACCGUCAGCAGCAAGUUUCAACAGUCCCUGCUGGAGCUGGUGGAGAAGAUGGAGAGGUGCAAUCCUUAUUUUGUUCGCUGCAUUAAGCCAAAUAACAUGAAGCAACCAGGUGUGUUUGAGGACGAACUGGUAAACAGCCAGCUGCUGCACUCUGGUGUCAUGGAGACCAUUAGGAUCCGCAAAGAGGGAUAUCCAGUCAGAAUGCCAUUCUAUGUCUUCCUGUUCAGGUACAAGUCCCUGGCGGGGAUACAGACACUUCCUGUGGCAAAUGGAGAGAACUGUGUGAUGUUGCUUGGUAAACUGUGUCCUCUCCGACCAGGAGCCUACCAUGUUGGAGUCACAAAGUUGUUCCUAAAGGAGGACAUCUACCAGCUGCUGGAGUGUAAGCGAGAGCGCUCUCGUCAUCUUGCCGCCCUCACCCUGCAGCGUUACACUCGCAUGUUCUUCGUCAGGAAACGCUACGUUGACUUCCGCAACAAAAUCAGCAGGUUUCAGGCACACUGCCUAGGUUUCCUCGUUAGGAAACGCUAUGUGAAAAUGAGGGAAAGUCUGGUCCGUUUCCGCUCUCUGGUCCACAUGUAUGUUAACCGGAAGCAGUACAUUAAGAUGAAGUUUGAAGCCAGGAGGAAAGCAGAAGAGGAGAGGAGGAGGAGAGAGAUGGAGCUGACCAAAAGGGAGGUGGUUAAUGUGACCCACUUGGUGAUCCCUGCAGAGCUGGGCGCUUUGCUGCAGACAGCAGGAGUCCACAGGGAGUUGCACUCAGACUGCUUGGCUCUGCUUCAGGCUCCUCAUAUCCAGGAUGAUGCUGAACUCACGUUGCCUCUGGACAUCAACAACUACCCUUUCUUCCGCUAUGUUCAGAUUCACUUCAGGGAACCGAAGUUUGGGAUGUUGAUGGCUCCUCUGGAGUCACCUCUGACCCGUGUGGAGGACGACCUGAGAGGGGAGGCUCUGGAGCUUUUCAACAUGGUGUUACGGUUUAUGGGGGACCCUCAUCUGAAUGGGGCGCAGGAAAACAUGUUUGGGAAUUACAUCGUCCAGAGAGGCUUGUCGUCUCCAGGGUUACGAGAUGAGAUCCUGGCUCAGGUUGUCAACCAGGUGUGGAGGAACAUAAACUCUGAGAAUGCAGAGAGAGGCUGGCUGCUGUUGCUGGCAUGUGUCUGCUGCUUCGCCCCGUCGGCCAAGAUGGACAAAUAUCUGCUCAAGUUCGUGUCGGACCACGCUCCUGCUGGCUGUCAGGUGCUGCUGCAGCACAGACUCAUCCAAGCGAAUCAGAAGAUGCAGCUGGGAUCGGGCUCCGACCCCGAGACUGCGCGGACAUAUCCGCUGUCACUGCUGGAGUGGACCGCCAAUAGGAAGAAGGCUAACAUGGUGUUGCACGUGCACUGUCUAGAUGGAGGGUCCUUCCUGUGUCCUGUCCAUUCCUGGACCAGCGGAGAGGAUUUAGCGGGAAACAUUCUGCGUCACAGGGGAGUGUCUGACUGGUGGAGGGGGAGUUCAAUUCUGAUGAAGGAGCAGGGCCAGUGGGUGGAAUUAGCUGGUCAUGACUAUGUCAUGGACCUGAUUGCAGAUAUGGAGCUUCCUAUGGAUUUCCCAAAGCAGAAGAGUUACUUCAUCAUCAGCACUGACAACCCAGCUAAAGUCAGAGCUAAUGCCAGCCUUGCUUUGUUUGGCAGUGGCUUUGACUCAGACGAGGAGCUUCCUUCCUCCCUUCCUCUCAGCAGCAGCAGACCAGCCUACAGCCUGCCUGAUUCAGAUGGUUACUACAGCCACGAGUCGGAAACAUUGAGCGAGGGUCAGCCUCAGAGAGGGAUGGACCGCUACCUGGACAGCCUGUUUGACCCUGUGCUGUCAGACAGCAGCACGGACAUGGAGAAGAGUGGAAGUUUGUCAGAAAGGAUGAAGGGAGGAGGAGGUAUAGGCAUCACAGGAGAAGGAAGGGAAGAGGGAGAGAGUCGUCCAGCUUCCAGCCGGCCUUAUCCACCAGGAAUACAUCCUGGAGGAUCGGAGCAAGCGGUACUGACUCAGCAGCAACAAGCCAUCAUCAACCAGCAAGCCAUCAUUCUGGCCCAGCAGAUGACCAUGCAGGCCAUAGCAAUCCAGCAGCAAAUGUUGUCUUCUUUCCCCCCAGCCGCUCCAGCCCCCCAGUCACCACCCUCAUACUAUCACGCGCACUCACAACAGCGCUCACGCACACCCAGUCCUACCAAAGAGAGUGAGGAGUCUCCGCACAAGCCGAGCGCUGCCGCUGUUCAACGGAAAACGAGUCCAUCACGUGGCCCCCCUCCCGAGGAUGUGGUCCGCUCCACUGUGAGUAACACUGAGCACUUGGACCCUAGCCAUGACAUCAAAGACAUCGUCAAACAGCACCAGCCUGCAGGCACAGCAUCUUCCUCUGGAUCUCCCACGCAAAGGAGAAGUGAUGGAAAGUUGUUUGGAAAGAAGCCAGACCCUCAUGAUGAAGCAAUGGAGAUCCUUAAAGAUCAAAUGGCAAACCCACCACAACCGACUCAUAGAAAGGCUUCGUUCGCCCAAUCUAAAGAAGACAGAGGACACAAGACUAGCCAGAAAGCCAAGCCUCGCCCCCAGGGGCCAUCUAGCUCCAACAUAAACCCCGCCCCACCUCCAGUCUCCAGAGAGUUGCCAGUUGAGGAGGAGAUCAUUCAGACUCAGCUCCACAGCAGAACCAGUGAUGAAUAUUACACUUACUCCAAUGUCCCGUGGAAACUCUACAUGAGGAAAGAGGUUUUUUAUCCUAAAGAGAACUUGAACAAUCCACUGAUCCUGGAUCUGAUCUUCAGACAGGUUGUACAUGACACCUUUUCUGAGGCUUGCAUACGUAUCACGCAGGAGGAGAGACAGAGGAUGAAAGACCUGUUGGCGGAGAACAAGGUGGAUCAGGUUUCAGGAACAUACAAUGAGAACGUGAAGAAGAAGGUGGCCACCAUGGCUAGAGACGAAUGGGAGAUCUACUUCUCUCGCCUCUUUCCAGCCUCUGGCAGUGUGGGGACAGGAGUGCAGGUGUUGUCCGUGUCUCAUAAAGGCAUCAAGCUGCUGAAGAUGGUGAAGAGCAGCUCUUCUGCUUCAGACUACUUCAGAGUGCUGAGGCCUUACAGCUAUUCAGACAUCCUGUUUGUGUCUAUUCCAUCUAAGAACAUGCUUGAGUUCAACCUGACUAAUGAGAAGCUGAUCUUGUUCUCAGCGAAAGCCCCGCACGUCAAGCAUAUGAUCGACUACUUCCUCACAGAGCUUAAGAAGGACUCAGAGUAUGUGGUGGCAGUGAGGAACUACAUCACUGAGGACAGAACUCAGCUCAACUUCCACAAAGGCGACAUCAUCAGACUCCAGCACAUGGAUGGACUGGAGGCUGGUAAACGUUAUGGCUGCAUUGUGAGGAAGAAGGUCAUGCUCCUGGAGGAGCUAAAGAGAAACACCGCUGAGUUUGGCUGGCGGUUCGGCGCCGUGUAUGGAAAGUCUGGAGUGUUCCCCAGCGAGUACAUCCGUCCUGUGGCUGCUCCGGACUUCUUGGUUCUGCCUCCUGAACGCGUGGAGCCCCGAGACCGGCAGGGACGAGUCGCCGCCUCUGCAGCUGUUGCCGUUGCGAUGGGCUCAGCUGUAGCUGCUCAUGAGCUCGAUCUCUCCACCGAGGUAGUGAAUGAGAUGUAUGGAGACAGCCUGGGUGUCGAAGUGGAUGACCUGCCUCUGCACAGCAGCCAGUACCACAUGGUUGAGUUUGCCAAGAAGUACUUCAGAGAAGCACAGAGGAACAGGAGUGAUCAGAAAGCGAAAAAGGGGAAGGAGCCCAGGGACCCUGCUGACAUGGUCAAAUUCUCCAAGUCUCCAAUCCAGGAGUCACUGAUUGACUUCUCAGACAGUGGGAUGAACCGAGUGGCUGCUGACAUCUUCUUAGCUAUAAUGAAGUUUAUGGGAGACUUCCCAAUGAAAGGCCAGACCGAGCAGGACCUGGUCACCACUAUAUUAAAGUUAAGUGGUGACCAUGGCCUGAUGAAGGAUGAAGCCUACUGCCAAGUGAUGAAACAAGUUACUGUCAACACUAGCUCCAAACCGGACAGCUGUCAGAGAGGAUGGCGGCUGAUGUAUAUUCUCACAGCUUUCCAUCGCUGCUCUGAUGUUAUGAAGCCGUUUCUGUUGACGUUUCUCCAGGAUGCAUGUGCCAGCCCUGGUUUGCAAUACCAAGGUAUUGCCAAGGCAUGCGAGCAGAAUCUGAGGAGGACUUUUCAGUAUGGUGGGCGUGUGCAGUAUCCCAACAGCAUGGAACUCAAAGCAAUGAUGGCCGGGCGUAGCUCCAAGAGACAGCUGUUCCUGCUCCCAGGUGGCAUCGAAAGGCACUUAAAAAUCAAGACAUGCUCUGUUGCUUUGGAUGUGAUCGAGGAGCUUUGCUUUGAGAUGGGACUCCAAAGAAUGGAAGCACUGGAUGAAUAUGCCGUCUUUCUGGUCACACACAAGGGUCAGAAUGUACGUCCCCUGAACAAGCGAGAGUACAUCCUGGACAUCGCUACAGAGGCAGAGCCUGUGGAUGCCAACUACAGUCUUUGGUUCAGAAGGGUUAUAUGGAGUCUAGCUCUCAAACUUGACAAUGAACUCUAUGUCACCAUGCACUAUAACCAGGUGUUGCCAGACUAUGUGAAGGCCUUGCUGAGUGUGGUUCCUCAGGGUAAGCCCAGUGAACAGCAUCUGCAGCAGAUUACCAGGCUGGCUGCCCUACAGCAUCGUGCCAAAGACACCAUCUACCUCCCCACGCUCCGUGAGGUGCAGGAGUGUAUCCCUCCACAGUUCUACAGCAAACAGGGUUCACAGCAGUGGCUGAACAUGACAACACAACACAUGCAGCAGGUCCAGCCCUUAAACCCACAUCAGGCCCGUGCGCAGUUCCUUGGUCUGGUCAGUGCCUUCCCCAUGUUUGGCUCCUCCUUCUUCUACAUCCAGAGUUCUGGCUCUUCCUCCGUCCACGCCCCAUGCAUCCUGGCUGUUAAUCUGAAUGGGCUUCAUUUCCUUAACAAGGAUACACAUGAGACUAUGGUGCGUUUCCCUCUGAAGGAGAUCCAAUCAACUCGCACUCAGAGGCCAACAUCUGGCUCCAGUUACCCAUAUGUGGAGAUCAUGAUAGGAGACCUGCUUAACCAGCGUGUCACACAGCUGCAGCUGGAGCAGGGCCUGGAGCUGUGCCGAGUCAUCGCCAUGCACGUGGAGAACAUGCUGUCAGUCAGAGAGAAGAGACUCACAUUGCCACCAAGUGAAAUCACCCUGCUAUAGCACAAAGACGAAGAUGACAUAUACAUAGAAAUCA